CCGCUGGCCUCCCAGAUCCACGACGGUCCCCCUGAGGGGUCCCCAGAACGGUCCAAAGCCCAACCCUGAGCUCGCGCGCUCGCGGUGGACUACAGUUUCCAGAGUGCCCUGCGGCGACGGGCGGGGCCCGGGAACGCCCGCAGCCAAUUAGGGGGUCUGCGGGCGCUGCCGGGGCACUGCAGGUGGAGCCCGGCUGGUGGGCGGACGCGGGCUGUGUCCCGUACCGCGUCUCGGGGCUCCCGGGCAGGGUGUGGAGCUCGGUGAGAUAGAGGCCGGCACGCGGGAGGAGUCCCGGGGGACAGGGCUUCGGAGGCGGGGUCCUGGGCUGCGGGAGCGGUUCCGGGUGCUCCAGCGGCGCUCAGCCCGGGGCGCACUUGAUCGCGAUCCAGCUGCGGGGAAGGGCGGGUCUGGUGAGAACCCCGGAGCGCCGCGGCGUCCUCCGGCCCCUCCUCCUCGCGGCCGCCGAAGCCACUGCCCGAGGCGCAGCCGGCGCCACCUCGCCCCCUGGCUCGCGCGCCCCCAGCCAUGGCUUUCGCCAAUUUCCGCCGCAUCCUGCGUCUGUCCACCUUCGAGAAGAGAAAGUCCCGCGAAUAUGAGCACGUCCGCCGGGACCUGGACCCCAACGAAGUAUGGGAGAUCGUGGGGGAGCUGGGCGACGGCGCCUUCGGCAAGGUUUACAAGGCCAAGAACAAGGAGACGGGUGACCUGGCCGCCGCCAAAGUGAUCGAGACCAAGAGCGAGGAGGAGCUGGAGGACUACAUGGUGGAGAUCGAGAUCCUGGCCACCUGCCAGCACCCCUACAUCGUGAAGCUCCUGGGCGCCUACUACUACGACGGGAAGCUGUGGAUCAUGAUCGAGUUCUGUCCUGGGGGAGCAGUGGACGCCAUCAUGCUGGAGCUGGACCGAGGCCUCACCGAGCCCCAGAUUCAGGUCGUUUGUCGCCAGAUGCUAGAAGCCCUCCACUUCCUGCACGGCAAGAAGGUCAUCCACCGGGACCUGAAGGCCGGCAACGUGCUGAUGACCCUGGAGGGCGACAUCAGGCUGGCUGACUUUGGUGUGUCUGCCAAGAAUCUGAAAACCCUGCAGAAACGAGAUUCCUUCAUCGGGACGCCUUACUGGAUGGCCCCCGAGGUGGUGAUGUGUGAGACCAUGAAGGACACUCCGUACGACUACAAGGCCGACAUCUGGUCCCUGGGCAUCACGCUGAUCGAGAUGGCGCAGAUCGAGCCGCCGCACCACGAGCUCAACCCCAUGCGGGUCCUGCUCAAGAUCGCCAAGUCGGAGCCCCCCACGCUGCUCACACCCUCUAGGUGGUCUGCGGAGUUCCGAGACUUCCUGAAGACCGCCCUGGAUAAGAACCCAGAGACCCGGCCCAGUGCUGCGCAGCUCCUGGAGCACCCCUUCGUCAGCAGCGUCACCAGUAACAAGGCUCUGCGGGAGCUGGUGGCGGAGGCCAAGGCCGAGGUGAUGGAGGAGAUUGAAGACGGCCGGGAUGAGGGGGAAGAGGAGGACUCUGGGGACACCACGUCUUCUAUGGGGAACCACACGCCCAACUCUUCCGAGGUGACUCAGGUGAACCUCAGUGCCGACAAGGAGCCACUUAUCACCACAGUGCCACCCAGCCAGCCUCAGGACAGCGUGAAUGGGCCCAUCCAGCCCUCCGGGGAUAGAUCCCUGCAAACCACCAGCCCCCAAGAUGUGGCCCCUAAAAAUGAGAACGGCCUAGCAGUGCCCGUGCCCCUCCGCAAGUCCCGGCCAGUGUCCAUGGGCGCCAGGAUUCAGGUGCCUGAGGAGAAGAAAGUCGCUGACCAGGGUGGGGACCUUGGUCCAGCAGCCAGCCGGUCUCCAAAGACAAGCCAGAGCCGUCCCAACAGCUGCGCCCUGGAGGCCUUGGUCAGCGAGAAGCUGGCCAACGGCAGCCUGGAGCUGCCCGCCCAGGCCUCUCCUUGCCCAGCCAAGAGGGACUCGGACUGUGGCAGCCUCUCCACCUCCGACAGCGUGGACUACGGUGCCUCCCUGUCCGCCGACCUGUCCCUGAACAGGGAGACAGGCUCUCUGUCCAUCAAGGACUCGAGGCUGCACAAUAAAACCCUGAAGAGGACCCGCAAGUUUGUGGUGGACGGCGUGGAGGUGAGCAUCACCACCUCCAAGAUAAUCAGCGAGGACGAGAAGAAGGACGAGGAGAUGAGAUUUCUCAGGCGCCAGGAACUCCGAGAGCUCCGGCUGCUCCAGAAAGAAGAGCAUCGGAACCAGAACCAGCUGAGCAGGAAGCACGAGCUGCAGCUGGAGCAGAUGCACAAGCGUUUUGAACAAGAAGUCAACGCCAAGAAGAAGCACUUUGACACGGAGCUGGAGAACCUGGAGCGUCAGCAGAAGCAGCAAGUGGAGAAGAUGGAGCAAGACCACGCCGUGCGGCGCCGGGAGGAGGCCAAGCGGAUCCGUCUGGAGCAGGAGCGGGACUACACCCAGUUCCAGGAGCAGCUCAAACUGAUGAAGAAGGAGGUCAAGAACGAGGUGGAGAAGCUCCCCAGGCAGCAGCGCAAGGAGAGCAUGAAGCAGAAGAUGGAGGAGCACGCGCAGAAAAAGCAGCUUCUUGACCGGGACUUCCUCGCCAAGCAGAAGGAGGACCUGGAGCUGGCGAUGAAGCGGAUCACGGCGGACAACAGGCGGGAGAUCUGUGACAAGGAGCGCGAGUGCCUCACCAAGAAGCAGGAGCUCCUUCGAGAGCGGGAGGCUGCGCUGUGGGACAUGGAGGAGCAGCACCUGCAGGAGAGGCACCAGCUGGUGAAGCAGCAGCUCAAGGACCAGUACUUCCUCCAGCGGCACGAGCUGGUGCGCAAGCACGAGAAGGAGCGGGAGCAGAUGCAGCGCUACAACCAGCGCAUGGUGGAGCAGCUGAAGGUGCGGCAGCAGCAGGAGAAGGCGCGGCUGCCCAAGAUCCAGAGGAGCGAGGGCAAGACACGCAUGGCCAUGUACAAGAAGAGCCUGCACAUCAGCGGGGCGGGCAGCGCGGCCGAGCAGCGCGAGAAGAUCAAGCAGUUCUCCCAGCAAGAGGAGAAGAGGCAGAAGUCGGAGCGGCUGCAGCAGCAGCAGAAACACGAGAACCAGAUGCGGGACAUGUCUGCCCAGUGCGAGAGCAACAUGAGCGAGCUGCAGCAGCUGCAGAAUGAAAAGUGUCACCUCCUGGUGGAGCACGAGACCCAGAAGCUGAAGGCCCUGGACGAGAGCCACAACCAGAACCUGAAGGAAUGGCGGGACAAGCUUCGGCCCCGCAAAAAGGCUCUGGAAGAAGAUCUGAACCAGAAGAAGCGGGAGCAGGAGAUGUUCUUCAAACUGAAUGAGGAGACCGAGUCCCCGGUCCCCACCACCCCAAACAAGGCCACCAAGUUCUUCCCCUACAGCUCUGCGGAUGCUCCCUAACAGCCACUCAGGGCUGUGGCCGGCAAGUCAACGGGCUUCCGGGGCCCCCCCAUUCUCUGUGAACAAGUAACUCAGGACCCCCUUCUCUCACGUUUCCCUGCUGGCUCCGGUCCAGCCCCUGCCUGUGCGACCCCAAUGUGCCUGACUUCUCACUCACUCUUGGAGGGUGAGGUUUUAUUAGGUGUUGCCUAAUGUUAAUGUCUUCUCUUUGAACCCCGGGCCCCUCCAAGCUGUCGGAGAUUUGGGCCAUGGAUGGGGCGGGGUCUGGGAGCAGCGAGUGUUCUGUGGCCCCCAAGCCCCUCCUGUUUGUCCUGACACCAGUCUUGUUGUCUGUGGGCGCCAGGUGCUGCAGCCAAAAUCACCAUGGGCUCCUCCGUUUGUUGUCAUUCUUGGUGGCUUUUCAGCCAUUCCCCGUGGUGUCCGACAAGAAUCAUGGCUAACAAUCAGGGGUGCCCUCCUUUCUCCAGUUCCCCCAGCGCGCUUUGCUCUUGAGGCCAUGUCUGCAGUGGGCGAGAGCCGGCAUCGUCCACUCUGCUGGAGUUUCAUGCCACCUUCUGCUGCACCCCUGGCCCCUCACACAGAAAGGGCUUGGGCCCCUGGUACUACCGGGCUUGCCCCCACCCUGGGCCUCUUGUGCCAGCUGGGUUGGAAUCUGCUGUCUGAGCCCUGUUGGGUACUGGUAUGGGGCGUGCUGGCAAAAUGGCACAGGGCGAAUGGCCCGUGAUUCCUUUCGGCCCCCAGGUUCAGGGAUAAACCCCUCUCACCACAUAUUUUCACAGCUCAGUCUAUUUCCAUCUCACACUUGCCCGGGGGGGGGGGUUUGGGGAGGCUGUCUCCCUCCGCCCUGUGCCCCUCCGCCUCCAGCGGAGGCGACCUCCAGCCCUAUACUUCAGACAGAGGCUGGAGGUCGCUGGGACUUUUGUUCAGGAAGCAAAAGCAUCAGAGAAAUACACGAGGCUUCCUCCGCCCUCCUCUCCCGCCAGCACGGCAGAGGCAAAGCUUCUGUAGCGUGAACAGAAUCCUGGGGCUGCGGCUCACUCAGCCAGCCCCCCCAGAUUCCAGUCCCCAAUGCUGCAGUGUCGAUAACACAGUGAAAGCAAGAGCUCAAACUGGCAUUUGGCCUAUUUACAAAGAAAACCUUUGUCACCUUUGUUUCUGACCUGAAACAAGUAUAGAUGAAUGAUGUCUUCAGGACGAUACCUAGUUUAAAGGAAUGAGAAAGCAAAGGUGGUUUUGAGGAACCCCAUGGGCACACUGGGUCUGGGCACUAUUUUGCUGCUGACAGAGCAGCUGCCACACCUGGGGAGGACUUUCUCCUCCUUGACGCCUUAUGGUUGGUUAGGUUAGAAGUUUUGCUUUUCUAAAGCAGUUUCCUGGCAGUCGUCUUGGCACUGGCUGUCCUCCUGCCCUCCUGGAUCUUGCAAAGGGAGGGCGGUCAUUCAAAAGGAGAAGGGACUAAGGGUUCCCGAGCCUGACAGACGCACCAGAGAUGCUCCGGAGGCUGUGGGAAGGCAGCCCGCUCUCAGGCUCCUGCGCAUUCCGCUCGCCUGCGCAGUCCUUGGCCCGGGUGGGACACCUGUCAGGUAUGAACGAAUGAAACGCGAACCGAGGGUCCCCUUUGACUCUCUCAGGUACAUGGUGCCUGGGAAGUGGGAAGUGGCAGCAGUGUGACGACAGCUCGUGCCAGUUCCGCCAGGGCUGGCGGGGGCUUUGUUUACAACACGUGGUGUCUGCGGCCUGGGGCGUAAGAAUGAGGAUCAGGUGAAGAGCCGGUUCUGCGGCUCAGACACGUCUUGGGUCACUCUCUGGUUUGGCUUGUCAUUCACGCUGGAAUCUUGUUGAAGGAGUGGCUGCUCCCCUGCCCGGUGCCGCCUGAGCCCUAACAGGUCCCCUGUUCUCGCUGGACGGGGUCUGGCUUGGUCGCCCAGCCUCACUAUCGGGCCAGUGUGCAAUGCCCGUCACUGGGAGGACCGCACAGUAUUCCUGGUUCCCUGUGCCGAUGUUUCCUCUGGGAGGGACAGAUGAAACUGUUACUCAUUUUCAGUCCAUUGACCGCGGAAUAAAUAUAGCUAACUUAUAUUUUCCCUUUACGAAGGAUAUUAGUUAUUUUUAUGUAGAUUCCAAACUUUAUACAAGACUUUUGUAAAGUGUUCUUUGCAAAGUUAACUACAAGAAUGUAAAUAUGCUUCUAAUAAAAUAACAAGGGGAGGAACUCGGCUUGCCUCUGGGGCUGUUCUCUUGGACGGGGGUGGAAGGGCAGGGCACACUUACCCACGCUGCCCAGACGGGAGAGGGCACGCUGGUGUUGGAGCCCGGGCGCGCCUCCCGGGUCAUCGGGCAGGUCCCACUUCGCGGUUUCUGUUCUGAAAGUUGUGAUGCCUGGCUGUGUGGGCGCUUUCUCUAGACUUUUAAUACGAUUCUCAUUUAACUACGAACAUUCGACUGUCAGGAGUUUUUACCUAUUAACCUACUGAAUCCUUUCAACAACCCACGAAGACAGUGUCGUUCCCGUUUUAUAGACGAGGAAAUGGAAACUCCGGUCAGUUUUGUUGAGAGCAAAGUUGGGAACCGCCUGACUAGCAGAAAGCCUUUUUUAUUGAGUCACUGGAGAAAUUCACCUUCUUGGCUUCUGGGAGCAUGCCGAAAGCUCUCUACCAUGAUUUCUUCAAUGAGUACUAGUUAUGCCUGUGCAGCAGAGAGAACCGAUUGUUCAGCGAAUUCCACCUACUUCACUCCCUCUUCGAGGCUUACAGGAAGAGCACACCCUUUAGCGUCCCGUCCGGCCCGAGGACUGACUGUGCGGCUGGGCCCUGACCAGUGAGGAGAGUAUGCUGGAUGGUGUCCUGAAAUAAGGUGUUAACCACGAGGGAGCCUCCCCUCCGGCCCAGCGACACCGCAGACCCCGAGCUCCAGAGGGUCUAACUUGAAGGUGGAGGCCUAGCUGGCCACGUGGGACUUCACAGGAACGUGUGUAUUGAGGUGUGUGUGCACUUAGUAGGAUGCCAGCGUGGCUAGGCUGAACCACACUGCCCUGAAUUCUCUUCAUCUCUGGCUUUGAUUAGGAUGGGCUGCAAGACCGAUUCCUGCGCGGGGGUUGGGGGGAUGGAAGUGAAAGUGUAGUCACUUUGUAGCCCAGAUACGUUGUUGUUGAUGAGCUCACUCACGCCCUGGGUGUGAGGAGUGGCUGGGUCUGCAAUGGCCCAGGUUCCCUCAGAGCCUUCUUCAGCGUCUCCAGUUCCUGGGCCAGGUGUGGACGUUCAGCUGUGUGACACGGGGCUCCAGCCUCUGCAGACAUCCACAGCACAAGGUCAUGGGCACCGAGAACUGACACGGGCUUCAAUGGUCCUCGUGGACCCCAGUUCAGUUAGGCUGGCUCUGCCCCGCCUCCUACCUAGCUUCCCUUCCGGAUGCCCUGCCCCGUGGACUUGAAGAUCCAUUGUCGCCUGUGAAGACGACAGCCUUCAGACAUCGCUUAACUAGACUGGACAAUUAUAUAACACCAACUCCUUGUAAAAAAAAUCCCUUCAUUCACUCUUAGUGCUUCUGCUUUUCUGAAACACGGGGAUAAUUUGCUACAGUGCAGGGGUCUCCAACAUCUGGCUUCCGGCUGGUACUGGGCCUGGCCUGUUAGAAGGGGGCCGCACAGCAGGAGGUGAGCCUGGACUUCAUGCGCUUGAAUCAUCCCAAAAUGAUGCCCCUUCCCCUCAGUCCAUGGAAAAACUGUCUUCCACGAAACCGGUCCCUGGUGCCAAAAAGGUCAGGGACCGCUGGUGUAUUCUGUUCUGACUAGUGCAACUUUACUCUUUCACUCACAGGUAUCUUGUUUAACCCGGUAAAUUUAAAAAGGGUGGGGGGAAAAUACAAGUAAUUUCAAUACAUGUUUGCCACCCAAUGAAUGAAUGAAUGUUUCUACUUAUAUGCUUUAAAUAUAUUUCCCUUAAAAUC